AUAAAAGGGACGCUGGGCCUGGGAAGAGUGGAUUAAGUUUGGAUUGACUGCUAGCUCAUCUACCGCGGCUGUGAUACCUGUGCUUCGUUGUUGUUGUUGUCGUUGGACAGUCCUCUCGCAAUUGCACCGCAGCCAUGCCGAUUAGAAGCGAAUGGAGUCUCUCGCGCGAAGGUAUCACGGGUGAUACCAUCGGCCGACUCCUCAAACUCACUGCGCUGAACCCGCUCAUCACACUUCCCCUCUUCCUCGCGGGUAAAUACACACUCGAUGGCGGCCGCGUUGCAUCCGACCACGCCACGCUGUGGAAGCACCUCAAAACACUGCUUGUGUUGGGCUUGGCGGACAGGGUGAGCGGGUGGCUCGACGCGGCGGUGUCGAACAACUGGACGAACGAUACAUAUGUGUGGAACCGGGAGAUCGUGGUGGUGACAGGGGGGAGUGAUGGCAUUGGGAAGAUCGUGGUGAGCUUGUUGGCGGAGAAGGGGAUUAAGGUUGCGGUAUUAGAUGUGCAGGAGUUGACGUACGAGGCACCCCCCUCCGUGACCUUCUUCCGCUGCGACCUCUCGUCCCCGUCCUCGAUCGCCUCCGCCGCCGAGCAAAUCCGCUCCACCAUCGGCAACCCCACGAUCCUGAUCAACAACGCCGGCGUCGCGCGCGGCAAGACCAUCCUCGACACCACCGAAGCCGACCUGAACCUGACCUUCAAAGUCAACACCUUCGCGCACUACUACCUCGCGCAGCAAUUCCUGCCGCACAUGGUAGCCCUGAACCACGGCAUGAUCGUCACUGUCGCGUCGCUGGCGGGGUACGUCGUCGCGCCGUCGAUGGUGGACUACGCGGCGUCGAAGAGCGCUGCGAUUGCGUUCCAUGAAGGACUUGCAGCGGAGCUGGUGACGCACUAUGCGGCGCCGGGAGUACGUAGUGUGCUGAUGUGCCAGGGGUACACGCGCACGAAGCUGUUCGAGGGGUUUGACUCGAAGGCGCUGUUUCCGGAAACGGUGGCGGAGGAGAUUGUGAAGGCGGUGUUUGCGGGGAAGAGUAGGCAUGUUGUGCUGCCGGAGUUGGCGUGGGGGGUGGCGCCGAAGAUCAGGGGGUUCCCGGUUUGGUUGCAGUACGGGAUGCGCAAGAGGAUGGAUAACAUGAUGAAGGGAUGGAAGGGGAGGCAGGUUGUGCAGCCCAGUGAGAAGCAGGAGAAGAAAGAGGAGAAGUCGGUGGAGGAGAGUACGGUGUUGGUUGAUGGGGAGUAAUGCGUAAUAGCUUUGAAGUGAU